AUGACGGGCGCCGUGACAACCGACUGCCUCGAUCUGACCACCAACGCCUUUUAUCAUCUCGCCAAGGCCGCCGCGGCGCUCAAAGCGCGCUCCGACGACGAGGACGUGCCGUUCUGGGUCACGGCGGCGCGCGACCAGCUCGUUACGUGUCUCGACGGCAUCUGGGAAUUCUCCCUCGACACGUACAAGUCGCACGCGGGGAAAUCGCUAACAUCCCUCGGCAAGAAUCUCAAGAAAUCGUUCGAUAACGCCAUCGCUCUCGCGCUCCACUCUGCCGCCGGAUCCGCGCGAAAGUUCCCCCUGCGCCGCGAGACGCUUGAAGGCGGCGGUCCGGGGGAGCCGCCUUCGUGGGUGGAGGCAGGGAUGUACGAGCGGAUCAGGGAGCUUCAGGCGCGGAUGCAAGGGGAUCACGCGGACGCGGAAGCCUGGGCGGAGCGCGGGCGGAAGCUUCAGCUGGCGAAGGUUAAGAAGCUAAAGCCGAACGCCGUGGUUGGGAAGAACGAGAAGUACAAGAAGAUCUCGGACGCGUUAAAAGCAGCUCCGAAAACGGGGCUGUACGUGGUGUACAUCAAGGCGGGGGUGUAUAGGGAGAAGGUUUUGGUGAACCGGGAGGGCGUGGUUCUGGUGGGAGACGGCGCGACGAAGACGAUUAUAACGGGGAAGGACAGUGUUGCUGGCGGAUUCACCACAUACAACACUGCUACAGUCAGUGUAAAGAAGAACUAUUUCCAGGCAGCGGGGAUAAAGUUCGAAAACACUGCAGGGAUUCAGGGCCACCAAGCCGUGGCGCUGAUGAUCGACGCGGAUAAGGCAGUCGUUUAUGACUGCUCCUUUACAGGUUACCAGGAUACUCUCUACACCCACUCUGGCCGCCAGUACUACCGAAACUGCUUCAUAUCUGGUAUCACAGAUUUUAUUUUCGGAAACGCCGCUGCGGUCAUUGACAACUGUACGAUUGAGAUGCGCGCGGGGAAAUCGAACAUCCCAAUUACCGCGUCGGGACGAGAGACCGAAACGCCUACAGGGAUCGUGAUUCGCUACUCGUUUGUAACAGCGGAGAAGGGUGUUACAAAUAACAGUGGUUACUUAGGUCGCCCUUGGAAGAAAUGCGCGCGUACAGUCUACAUCAACACAUUCCUUGCACAGCAAAUCAACAAGGAGGGAUGGAGCACGUGGAACGGCGACAACAAGGGAAAGUGCGUCUACUAUGCUGAGAAGGACAGCGAGGGGCCGGGAGCGUACAAGCCGCGCGCCAAAUGGGUGAAGCCGGGGCAGAUUCGCGAUGGAAAGCCGUGGGCACCCGAGCCGUUCAUUCAGCUGAGCGAAUGGUACGACAUCAAGAAAGGAGUCAUCCGGUAUCCUCCGAAGUAA